AAUUUUACUCGACGGUUCAAAGUGCUUUGUGUUCACAUUUCCGAAGUGCAAGCUGCCCGGAAAAAGAAAUAUUACACGCCAUGGCUACAGCAAGCCAGGCCUUCUUGCAUGACGCAAGAAAUAAAGUACAUAAACGUGGAUGGCGAUCCAAAGAAAGGCAUCAAAGUGGGAAAUACAUCUUAGUUGACGAUAAGGAAAACAAACAAGUGGUCUGUAUUCCGAAAAAAUGGCUCCUGACCAACGAUCAUUACCUUUAUCGUGAUGAUAUCAGUGAACACGAAAUCGUUGAGGGUAUUGAUGUUGACAGUCGAUUCAACGUGAGAAAAUGUGCCGUUAUGCAUCGUUGUGACGACUACAAUGUAGCUCAGGAAUUAAAAGUGUGUUUAGCAACAGUACUGGGCUACAAUACUAACAUCACGACUAACGAUGAGACGCAGCCUUGUGACGCUAAAAAACCAAAAAGAACUGUCAAACGAAAGCACAAUGAUUAUCUAUGCACCUCGGAAGAACUAGAGGUUGCUGAGGUUGAGGCUGGAUUUGCCCCGGUGGAAUUUCCAGUGGUCAACAUUUCAACAGGAAUGUUUUCUCCUAUUGCGAGUUCAUCGACAGCUGACGUAUCAUCACCACCACUUCCACGUACGUCGACGGAAGUUGAUAAACCGUAAGUUGCAUUUACUGUAUUCCUUAUAACAAGUUUGUGCGAUGAUACAAACAAAAUGUUAAGAACGCUCCUGAAAUCGGUCAGUGAGCUGUCUACGAAAAUAGACAAACUCAUAUUUUUGUGUCAACGCUCAGCCAUGGGUGUGAUCGAUAGGCGUACAGAGGAAAUGGAUAGUGAUGCUAUACAUUUCCCAUUAAGAACGCAUGAGGAGUUGCGUUCUUUAGAGGCAGCUUUAGAAAACCAAAAAUACCGAGGUCAUUUCGGGGCAAGGUUACGCAACCUAAUGUGUGACAAUACUCGGAAAUCAGCUAAAGCUUGUCUUCAAUACAUCCUGUCGCCGGAACUCGCGAACAUUUACACUUUGCACGGAACCAGAAGUAAAUUUGGUUUUAGUAAGUACAAAUUUUACUCGACGGUUCAAAGUAAGUCAACUUUACUGUAUUAACAUAUUUGUCGGUGCUUUGUGUUCACAUUUCCGAAGUGCAAGCUGCCCGGAAAAAGAAAUAUUACACGCCAUGGCUACAGCAAGCCAGGCCUUCUUGCAUGAAGCAAGAGAUAAAGUACAUAAACGUGGAUGGCGAUCCAAAGAAAGGCUGGCUUCGCAGGCUUUAUCAGACGUUACUGUAAGUUCUUUGUUCGCAUUAAUAAGAACAUUGUCAUACUAUUGAUACAUAACCAACCUUUCACAUAUCU